UUUCAUUUUCUUAAUGUCAUUAAGGGUCAGACGCUUUCUGCACCUGGUCAGUUCAUAUCUCUGCAGAAUACUUGCAGCUCCCAUUGUCCCUUGGCUCUGAUGAGACUUUUGCGGUUGACUCAUCUUCUUUCCCCUCAGCCACCAACAAGAAAACGGAGUCUGGUGAAAAUGAUCAUCUUUUCUUCUCUGUGACAGAGAUGCAGGGAUGGAGGAUCAGCAUGGAGGAUGCCCAUGCCGCUGUCCUCAAUUUGGAGGAAAACCACGACCAGAAGAAUUCCUUUUUCGCAGUGUAUGAUGGACAUGGUGGCGGCACAGUCGCCAGAUUCGCGGGACAGAAUCUCCACAAACGUCUGCUUACUGAAGAAGCAUAUCGCGAAGCACAUUAUGAAGAGGCAAUGAAAAGAGCAUUCCUGGGGACAGACGAAGACCUUUUGGCUGAUCCGACACAUACACGCGAUCCCUCUGGCUGUACUGCAAUUGCUGCAUUGGUAACGAACGAUCGCAAGAUAUACGUAGCUAAUGCUGGAGACUCCCGGUCUGUGAUCAGUAUCAAGGGAGAGGCCCAGCCACUGAGCUUUGACCACAAACCGUCAAAUAAUACCGAACGCGCCCGUAUUGUUAACGCGGGUGGAUACAUAGAAUUUGGUCGCGUCAAUGGAAACCUGGCCCUGUCAAGAGCACUGGGCGACUUCCAGUUCAAAAAGAACUAUUCUUUGAUUCCCCAGAAACAAGUUAUUACCGCGGACCCGGACGUGAUGGUACACCAGCUAAGUGACGAAGACGAAUUUUUUGUGUUAGCCUGUAAUGGUAUUUGGGAUUGCUUGUCGUCGCAACAGGUAGUCGACUUUAUCCGGCUCAAGGUAGCCGAGGGAAAAGAGUUGACUGAAGUCGGCGAAAUGAUGUGCGAGCACUGUCUUGCUCCCGACACUUCUUCAGCCGCGGGCAUCGGUUGCGAUAAUAUGACUAUUCUUAUCGUCGCUGUCCUGAACGGACGGACACAGCGAGAAUGGUACGAUUGGAUCGCCGACCGCGUCAGGAACCAGUACGGCUACCCGACGCCCUCCACUGUUCCCCAGAUCUACGCAGCAAGUCGCCUCGUGGCUUUCAAGGCACGGAGAGAAGCCAUGGAAGAACGUGACCGUCAGCGGAAAGAACGCGGGGAUGAAUAUGUACCACCGAAUCCAUUUGGGGGUUUGGGACCGUUAUCUGGGAUUGCUCGUGUUCUUGGGAGCAACGGAGGUAUCUCAUUUAGUCCCGAAACGGGUAUCGUGGCGGACAACGGCCGGCUUAUGUUUACUUCGGAAGACGAUAGCGAUAGUGAAGACGAGAUAGAAUCGGACCCGUUGGCACACAGUCACUUUAAUUCGUCGGGAGACGGGACACCCGACCCUGCGGCCACCCUAAGGCAAGAUCUUGCUGCAUACCAGAACGAAAAUGCCCAGGAAUCUGGUUUCCAAAUUGAUGGGAAGAAGCUGACGAUAAUUGACGACGACGAUGACGACGGCGAGUUGUCAAACACUACGUAUGGCAAUAAUGCAAACUCGAAUUCUUCGAGUUCCGGGGGAACACCACAGGGAGAGGCCCCACCGUCUCCACCGAAGCCGCAGGUGAAUGGAGAUGUUACACCGGUGCCACAGCUCGACUCAGAACCGCUUGGGGACAAACCACAUCCAGUCCUCAAAGCGGAGGGCUUGUUGGGCACUAGUGAAUCUCCGUUCAAGACAUAGUCUUGUGUAUUUCACAUUCCUUCACCUUCAUAAUAGGCACACCCGUUCCCUUUCUUUUGCUACGCUUAAUCCGUUCCUCUGUUCCCUACCCUUGACAGACCCCGAUGUGCCUUGUGGUUUUGGUUGUUUUCUGUUGCUGCUAUCUAUUGUAUGUCCUGUACGGUAGUGUUGUCAAUU